CUAAAAAAACAAACAAUAGUAGUAAUAAACAAUCAGUCUCACUACACUCUAGUUGUGUUUUAGUCGAUGUAAACAGAAGUUAGAUCUUAGGCGGGAAAAGAGUGGGACCCAAGAAGUGGCACAUUUCCUUUGACCAAACCCUUCCUCAAUUCUAACUCUUGGUUAGGUUCCAGAAACCAGACUUAUAAAUGCCACACGUGUGGCCCUUCAGAUAAGGGCAGACCUCCUCAGGAGCUCUUCCCCUCUGUCUUCCCAGUCCCAUCCCACCACCCCCUUCUAGCUGUUGUGUUGGGUUCUUGUCUCUCUCUGUUCCAAAAUUUUCAUACAAGUGUGAAACCAAAACCAGGCUCCAUACUAAAAUUCCACAGAAUUUUCAGUCGUCUCGCAGCCAAACUGAUCUACUUUUCUUUUCUUUUUCCUUCUUCUCUGGAGAUGCCUGGAAGUAUGGAGCCAUUAGAUUUGGUUGGUGUUCAAGUUCCUUAUCAUUUCAGGUGUCCUAUAUCACUUGAGCUCAUGCGUGACCCUGUUGCAGUCUGCACUGGUCAAACCUAUGACCGAACUAGCAUCGAGUCAUGGGUUGCAACCGGUAACACAACGUGUCCUGUUACUCGAGCCCCACUCUCUGACUUCACUCUCAUCCCUAACCAUACCCUUCGCCGCCUUAUUCAAGAUUGGUGUGUCGCCAACCAGGCCUUUGGUAUCGAGCGAAUUCCUACCCCUAAACAACCUGCCGAGCCUACCAUGGUUCGAUCCUUACUGAAUCAAGCUUCCUCCGUUUCGAAUCCAUUUCAGUCUCGUCUUUCUGCUCUGCGUCGACUCAAGGGACUAGCCUGCGAUUCCGAGAAAAACCGUUCCAUGAUAUCCUCCCAUGACGCACGUGAGAUACUCAUAAGCAUCGUAUUUUCAGAUACUGGUUCCGGUUCGUCGGAGUUGAACCAGGAGGCACUUGCACUUUUAGUAAUGUUUCAACUUACCGAAUCCGAGUGCGCAUCAAUCGCUUCGGAUUCGAAAAAAGUAAUCUACCUAUCAAAACUCUUGCUCCAUUCCUCUAUUGAAGUCCGAGUCAACUCAGCUUCGCUCGUCGAAAUCGUUCUCGUUGGAACAAGAUCGUCAGAUCUGCGAGCUCAGAUAAGCAAUGUAGAUGAAAUCUUCGAAGGCGUUGCCGACGUAUUGAAAAGCCUCAACUCUUACCCACGCGCGUUAAAAAUCGGCAUUCGAGCUCUUUUCGCUUUAUGCUUAGUAAAACAAACCAGGCACAAAGCGGUUCAAACCAGAGCAGCCGAGACUUUGAUCGACCGGUUAGCCGAUUUGGAUAAGUGCGACGCUGAACGAGCUUUGGCGACGAUAGAGUUAUUAUGCCGGAUCCCCUCGGGGUGUUCUGCGUUUGUUGCACACGCGCUAACGGUUCCAUUGUUGGUCACAACAAUAUUAAAAAUUUCGGACAGGGCUACGGAGUACGCAGCUGGUGCACUCCUGGCACUGUGUUCGGAGUCGGAACAGAGUCAAAGAGACGCGGUAAGUGCAGGUGUUCUGACGCAGUUGCUGUUGUUGGUUCAAAGUGAUUGUACAGACAGGGCUAAGAGGAAGGCUCAAAUGCUGCUUAAGUUGCUUCGGGAUUCGUGGCCUGAAGAUUCUAUCGAGAAUUCGGAUGAUUUUGCUUGCAGUGAAGUCGUACCCUUUUGAAUGAUACUGCUUAUUAGAUUUUUUUUUAAGAAGAAAAGAUUUUGAUUUUGUUAUUUUUGUUUAAAUGAACAGAAAAAAGAAAAUUUCAGGGUCUUAGAUGAGGUAACAUAAAGGAGUAUUGUAAUGUUCUUGUAUGCAAUUUUGCACGUAAGAAUUUUUGUUCAGGAAAGCAAAUAAAAAGAUAGAUAUUUUCUCGGUACAAAUUACAAACACAGUACAGAAUCAGUUUCAGGCAAUCAAAUGUAACAAAUGUGUUAAGUUUAGAGUGGAGAAUAAACGUGGGUCUACUAUCUGAUAACUGGUUAUAGAAAGCUGAUCCUUAUAAACCACAUUCAUAUCUGAAAAUUUGUCCCCUGGAAUCCAGACCCCUUCAUCGUUCCUUUUCUCUCCCUUUUUCCUAUUUUCUCCCGAGGCCUGACAGUAAAAAAUGUGGUUCCUUGUUUAUUUCUUGGUUUGGUUGUACUCUGUUCAUUCCUGGCUUUCUUUUUUCUCACUUUCUGCACAGGCUUGAUAGGGAACAUCGAAAGCUUGGAACUGGGUUUUGACCGAGGACUGCCAAUAUUUAGCUUUUCAUGCUCGCAGCGUGCAUGCGACAGGUCCACAGAAGAAUCAUGGGUUGCAAACAGGGAAGGGUAGGGUCCACAUCCCAAGUUGAAAUGGAAAAAUAAGUGUGUGGCUUGAAGAUUUGGGGAGAUGAUGGGUCACAUGUUGUUGGAAUAAAACCAUGGAUGAUGGAAUCACAUGGGCUGGUUAAUGUUCUUCCUCCCUGUGAGUGAUGGCUACUAGUGCUCACAUGCCGCGAAAAACAAAUUGUCACCAUAUUUUGAUUACAACAACAGAUUGGAAAUUCGUUUGUCUCUGCGCCUUCUUUGAUUUUUGGAGCAUUUGGGGCUCAACCAAUAAAGUCUUCCCUUUAAACUCUUCUGAAUUUGGCACGAGUAGAAUUACCCACGUGUUUUAUAGCUUGGAAAUAGUUUGCAGAAGAACACGUCGAUCUUUAGAUGAUGAAAGUUUUUGUGACAGUAUAGCUCUCCGGAUUGGUUUAGGUUGACGACAACCACAGAAAAGCUUCAUGACGUUGACUAGUGCUUUGACACAUUGCUCGAAAACAACCAGAGCCAGAACAUGAACAUAUUAAACGUUGCCAGUGCCAUGACCUGCCAACUGCGUCCAGACGACGAGUCAACUGGGGUAGAACCAAAUUGUUGUUUAGUGGCUUUUAAACUUGUAGUAAUAACUAAUAAAUUCCCAUUGCUUUUUACAGUUUUUUCCCAUCGUUCUUUGUAAUU